AUGGCCGCGCCAGUCGAAAAAGAAGAAGCGGUGCUUCGCGCCGUCGAGGAGCUUGCCGUUGCCGACGACUAUCUCGAUUCCUCGAACCUCUCCUCCAAGCUCUCCGUGGCGCACGCCACGCUGGUCGACGGCGUGCUCAAGUCGCUGUUGGCACGCGCGGCCAUCCGCCUGGAGACCGUCACGCACGAGCGCUGGCAAGUCGCGGCCGAGGGCCUGAGCUACGCCGACGCCGGCUCGCCCGAGCAGCGCCUGCACAGCUUUGUGGUGACCUGCGUCGAGGAAGGGAGCGCCGCCACUUUUGAAAAGGUUGACCAAGCCCUUGGGAAGCAGGUCGCGGCGCGCGGGAGGCAGCAGGCCCUGAAGAAGCGCUGGGUCGCCAUCCAGAAGGCCGACAAGGUCUUCGUCCCGGUCGAGGGCGCCGACGUCGUCGAUGACGUCGCCGAAGCCUUGAGGACCCUCAGGGAUCAGGGCGGCAAUCCGGAAGGUCUGCAGAGUGACAUUUUGAAGCAGCUCAAGUCUAGGAAGCUCGCAGCGCUCAAGCCGUACAAGACGUACAAGAUCUUCAAGGGCGAGCGCCUGGCCGAUGCGAGGAGGGUCCAGGCCACUGAACUCACGCGCACAAUGCUGGAGACUGAUGAAUGGAAGGAUAUCAGCUUCAAGGGGUAUAACUUCAAGGCAGAGGGAAAGCCCACGAACGGUGGCUGCUUGCAUACGCUGCUCAAGGUCCGCGAGCAGUUCCGCUUAAUAUUCCUCGAGAUGGGUUUUGAGGAAAUGCCCACUAACAAUUACGUAGAGAGCUCGUUCUGGAAUUUUGACGCUCUGUUCCAGCCGCAACAGCAUCCCGCCCGUGACGAGCAUGACACAUUUUUCUUGAGCGAUCCGGAGCUUGCCAAUGUGCUGGAUCGGGACUAUUUGGAGCGCGUGCGAAGGACGCAUGAAGAGGGCGGCUUCGGUUCGCGCGGAUAUCGGUACGAAUGGUCCGAGCAGGAGGCCAGGAAGAACAUCUUGCGCACUCACACAACGGCAGUAUCAAGUAGGAUGUUGUAUCUACUAGCACAGGAGACGGAGUUCAAGCCGAGAAAGUAUUUUUCGAUCGAUAGGGUGUUCAGGAAUGAGACGCUGGACGCGACGCACUUGGCCGAGUUUCAUCAGAUCGAGGGGCUGGUAGCCGAUCGCAACCUGUCGCUGGGCGAUUUGAAGGGGAUCAUUCACGAGUUCUUCAAGAAGAUGGGCAUGAGCAGGCUGCGCUUCAAGCCAACGCACAACCCGUACACGACGCCGUCGUUGGAGAUUCACUCGUACCAUGAGGGGUUGGGUAAGUGGGUGGAAGUGGGGAACUCGGGCGUUUUUAGACCGGAAAUGAUCCGGCCGAUGGGCAUUCCGGAGGACGUGACUGUUAUUGCGUGGGGGCUGAGCUUGGAACGGCCGACAAUGAUUCGGUAUGGAAUCGAUAAUAUUAGAGACCUCUUCGGACAUCGCGUCGACCUGAAGGCCAUACAGACAAACCCUCUGUGCCGUCUAACUUUCUAGAAAUAUAAGGUACUGGUUACCAACCUCGCCUCGCGCCACUUUAGUGCUGUACUAAAGUAGUGUACAGC